UUGUACAGAAUGGUCGAAUAUUCCAGUUUGACUGUGUUGUGUUGUCUUCUUAUUCUCUCAUGUUUUUACUUAACCCAAUCGUCUAUUUUAUGUUCUAAUGCAGGAGUCUGUACUGGAACUAUGGCUUAUGCGGUAUCGGUUGGAGUUGUCUCGACUUUUGCAACAGCUGUGCUGUUAUUAAUUCAGUUUUUCAUGUCCGACAAACCUAAAAUCAUUGAUAUAGUCGCAUCCGUGUUUUUAUUUGUAUGGUGGGCGGCUGGAACUGGCGUCGGUACUUUUGAAGGACCUUACACUAACUUUGAAUAUGCGAAUGGCUAUCUUUCCUCUUGGAUCGCUCUUGUUGUUAGUGUGUAUUACUUUUUUCUCUGCUGCGGCUCCUCCUUCCGGAAAAUUAGCCUUGAACACGAUAGCGUCACUGCAGUUAUCGGUGUCCUCCUUAUUAGUACGUUGUUUUACAUAAUAGCCUCAGCAGUGCAGUGCAACAACUAUUAUUGCGGUGGCUACAUCGCUUAUGCUAUAGCAGUGGGAAGUGUUGGCUUUAUUCUUACUAUAUUUCUCCUCAUCCUCAAGAUCUGCAAAAUAGAAUGGUUGUAUAAGAUUGGCAAGUACAUUGCGGGAUUUCUCAUCUUGUGGUUCGCUAUUGGAACAGGCAUAGCCACCUUUAAAGCCCCAUUUCCUCGUCUUGGCAACGGCUACUUCGGCGCGUGGGUCUCUUUCUUAUGCUCGCUGUUCCUUUUCUCGAUGCUCGUUCCUGAAUUAUUUGGUGCAAGACAGCAAAGCUCUUCAAGUGCCCAACAAGCAACGGUUGGAGAGUCACAAGCUCAUCAAGCUGAUUCAUAUAAUUAA